AUGGAUUCCGAUUUAGUUAGAUCUUUGAACAUCAGUAAAUCGUAAGAAAAUAUAUUUCCUAAAACUUUAAUAACAAACCGAGUUUUAUGUUUCUUUUUUGUGCAACCUAGUAAGGACUAAGUAGUAUAGUUUUAAAUUACAUUGUUAUAUCGUACAUAAUACGGGUAUCGUUCAAGAAUAUGUAAGGGUUGAAAUUCAAAGUCGCUUAACCAUGGUACGGUUAACAGUUCGUGGGUGUUUGAACUCUAUAGCCCAUAUGUUGAUCGGAGCUAACGUAUUUGUGGCAUUAUGUUUCGCAUUUAAAUCGAGUCCAAUAAGUGCAUUCCAUUUACAUAUUGGAUUAUGUGUAAUUGGGUACCAACUGCUAAUGUCUCAUGCAAUUCUUUCACUAAACAAAGACAAUGCGUGGUCUUCUCGACUACCAGUUCUAUACAGAAUGCGCCUGCAUGUAGCUCUACAAAUAGUUGGAUCAGUACUGGCGAUAGCCGGGUCUAUAAUCAUGAUGAUGGACAAAUCUGUUAACUUUACAUCAGUUCACGGAAAACUUGCUUUAGCGGCAUUAAUUAUUACCGGUAUCAGCCUUAUCAAUGGAACAAUCUCGUACUUUUCAAAUGGACGAAGAAAUACAAUUAAGAUUGUCAAAAUGAAUCAUGUACUUUUUGGUACACUUGCUUUUGUGAUAUCAUCAGUAUGCUUGUGUUUUGGUUAUUAUAAGAAUUCAUUUACAAAAUGGGCUUCUCCUGGUGUUGCUAUAGUAAUGAUUUGUAUAACUUGUAUUUAUACAGCAAUUGUAGUAAUUAGACCUGGGAGAACUUUUAUAAGAAAAUAUUCAAAUGUUUUUAAAAAUAAGAUGUGUUAAUAUGAAGCGUUUUUAAACAUCUUUACUUCACUGAUUGAUUUUAAAAUUAUUAUUUUUUUUAAUUGACAAGGACAGUUAUAACCAUUCCGAUGAAUUUUAUGUCAAUGAUUGUAUUUUUGUAUACACUAGCUGUUAAUUAAUUAAUAGCCUAUGUGUUCUUCC